AUGGUUAUAACAAAGAAUCACUCAAUAAGUCGAUCGUCUAGUUGUUUACGAAAAUAUCGAAUACUUUUUCUAUUUGGUAUUACUGUACUAUGUAUACAAAUUUAUUUAGCACAUACAUUUUUCGGUUUGGAAAUUCGGAAUCAGAAAUCUAGCGGAUUGUCUUCAGGAGAAGAUGAUGUAUCUCAACCAGAAGAAGAUGAAGGCUUGCCAAGGGGUUUACGUCAAUUGAAGCUUCCACCUGACAAGCAAACUAACAGAAAUAAGGUUUUACAAUCUCAGCGAAACCAAACUAGUAGAAUAAAAUUAGAUCGUAAAUCAUUAAACUUUAUACCAUCUUGUGAAUUUAAUGGCAGAGAAGCAGUGAGUGCUGUGACACGUGCACAAAGUCAAAUAUGCAAACAAUGCAUUGUCAAUGUGACGUGCCUUAAUCAACAGGGAUUAUUAUAUCCAGAAAGAAUAACGUCUCUAUGUCCUCAUUCUCCAGGAUUUGUAGACAAGCCUAUCAGUCUUGGAUGCUUUAAAGAUGCUAAAACAUUACGACUACUUUCUAGUUAUUACCAUGUUUUUAAAGGGAACAACUCUCCAGAGCGUUGUGCUUUCUUGUGUCUACAAUCAGGAUAUCCAUAUGCUGGUACUGAAUAUUCUGUUGAAUGCUUCUGUGGAAUGGAAGAACCAUCUCAUCUAAACCGGUUACCAGAUUCUAGUUGUAAUAUGAAGUGUCCUGGUAAUCCAAAAUAUUCUUGUGGAGGUUAUUUGACUAUUAAUGUGUUCUGGACUGGAAUUCAGAAAUUUAAAGCACAAGAAGCUAGAAAUGCGAGUACGGAAGGUGAAAAUAACAAACCUGUUCAAAUAGCUUAUUUACUAACAGUAAAUGGCAGAGCCAGUCGACAAGUGAAGCGACUGAUCAAUAUUCUUUAUCAUCCUACACAUUUAUUUUAUAUUCAUGUUGACGCGCGACAAGAUUAUCUCUAUCGAGAAAUGUUAGAGGUGGAAAAGUCUUGUAAAACAAACAACAUUAAAGUAGCAAGAGGAGAAGGAUUAAGGCAUGCAAGUAUUUGGGGAGGUGCAAGUCUACUAACAACUCUUUUGAAAUCAGCGGAACAAAUGCUUGCACAUCAUCACCAUUGGGAUUUUCUUGUCAAUCUAUCUGAAUCUGACUAUCCCAUAAAAAGUAACGCGCACUUGGUUCAGUUUCUGAGUUUAAACAAAGGCAUGAAUUUUGUAAAAUCUCAUGGGCGAGAGGUUCAACGUUUUAUUACUAAACAAGGUUUAGAUAAAACUUUUGUAGAAUGUGAGACUCGUAUGUGGAGAAUAGGUGAUCGUAAAUUACCGAAUGGUAUUCAGAUAGACGGUGGUAGUGAUUGGGUAGCUUUAAGCAGAGAUUUUGUGGAAUAUGUUUUUUUUUUUCCUGCUGAGUCCUUUUUUCACACAGUUUUACGUAAUUCAAGAUUUUGUAAUACUUAUAUAGAUAACAAUUUACGUGUUACUAAUUGGAAAAGAAAGUUGGGCUGCAAAUGUCAAUAUAAAGCUGUAGUCGAUUGGUGUGGCUGCAGCCCAAAUGACUUCAAACUUGAAGAUUUUAGCAGGAUUCGAAAUACUAUAGAUCGCAAUUUAUUUUUUGCUCGCAAAUUUGAGUCUGUCAUUGAUCAAAGAAUCACAGACAGGGUGGAAGAAUGGUUGUAUCCUAAAAAGAUUAAUGAAACCCUCAUAGCUAAAGGAUAUGAUGCAUAUUGGCAAAGUUUAUACCAUACAGCAGAUUUGAGUCCUUUGACGGAUGAUGCACAACUAACAAUUUCAAAUUCCCUGGCAAGAUUAGUUUUUAAUAAAGUGAAGAUAAAGUACAACAAUGUUCGUCUCUUGGAAACAACUGCUUAUUUUAGACGAAAUCAGUUCAUGGGUAUAUUAGUUCUUGUAGAAGCUGUAAUACAACAGCCAUUAGUUCAACAAGAACUUGUGGAACGAAUAGAAACUCUUGUUUAUUUAAGACGUAAUUUUUCUACUAGCAGAGAAUGGUUAGGAAAGAUACAAAGUUUAUCAGUUAAUACUGAUUAUGAUCAAAAGGAGAAAACAUUUAGAAACUUAAUGGGAAGUAUAGGACCAUACUCAUAUCCAGUUUUAUCAUAUGAGUUUGAUUCUGGGAUUCCAACACCUCAAAAUUUAUCAAUACUAUGGGUGGAUCCGUAUGGUCGACUAGCAGAUGUUAAUUACAUACAACUUGAAGAAAUGACAUUAACAGGGUCUGUUAAACCUCAGUUCGGUGAACAUCUGGUUGUAGGUACAUGGCAUUUAUUUUUAGUUGCCAAUACUAUGUUAGUAGCGAAAAUGAAUUUUUUAGUAACACCAUUGGGAUAUUGGAAGAAUAAAAGAAUUGAUCCAGAAAGAGCUAAAACAGUAAAUAACGCUUCUGGUGAUAGUUAUGAUAUUACUGUAGAAAUGAAUAAAAAGUGGUCACAUUUAUUAAGUUCAGUAAUUGUUCAUGAACGACUUGCGUAUACUACAAGUGAUGAGAAUAAAGUCAAUUCUAAUUUGGAUCAAUGGAUAGAUAAACUAGUGCAGGAACAUUAUGAAAUUGAUAAAGUGUGUAUUGCCAAUGAUGUCAUUAAUAUUAAACUAAAAGUACAGAAAUGUAGUAAUACUCAUUGGAGCUCAUUGAGCCCAGAUUCAAAGGCUGAUAUCAGUAAUUUAUGUUAA